CGUGGGCGGAGCUCGAGCGAGCACGCAGCGAGGUUUGAAUAAGGGAAGUUUUUUGACAGAGAGCGCUGACGCUCUUCUUCUUCCUCGCAGCCGCACGCAUCCGCCGCACUGCUCUCUGUCUUCACGCGUCCAAUGUGAGAGAUCUCAGGCGCUGUGCACGGACGAGACUCAGCCUCAGGGUCUCCUGCGAUCUCUUCAGAUCUUCUCCCUUCGUUUAUUUUCACUUUUUUUUUUUCCUCCGUGUGUGUCUUCUUCAAGCGCUCGGGAUUUUUUUCUUUUUGGCCAUGGAUGUUCUGCCCAUGUGCAGCAUUUUCCAGGAGCUGCAGAUCGUCCACGACACCGGCUAUUUCUCAGCCUUGCCGUCGCUGGAGGAAUACUGGCAACAGACAUGUCUGGAGCUGGAACGCUACCUGCAGAGUGAGCCGUACGUCUCGGCAUCCGAGCUCAAGUUCGACCCGCAGGAGGACCUGUGGAGCAAACUGAUCUUGGCGUGCGGCGACGGCGAAAAGGCCGAAAUGGACUCGAACUCGCCCGCCGAUCUCGUUCACGUCAAGGAAGAGGACGCUCAGGACGGCCCGAUGUCGGAGACUCGCAGCGUGAACUCCGACGCCAGCAGCGAGGUGUCGGACAGCUCAGAGGAGCUCUCGCCGACGCACAUCUUCGGCUCAAACCCUCUCGGCUCGGGACACCUGGCCUCGUCCAUCAUCGCUACGCCGCCGUCGUCCCCGGAGGCGCUGCAGGAACCGGGAAUCCCUCAGCUGUGGGGGUCCAUAAACACUGAACUGCAUGUAGCUGGUAAAGCCAGGCACGGUGGAACGGCCAAGGGCUCGGAUAAACUGCCUUUGCCUGGAGGUGAUGCGUCUCCGGACGGCAGGAGGAGGGUCCACAGGUGCCACUUCAACGGGUGCCGCAAAGUUUACACGAAAAGUUCACACUUAAAAGCACAUCAACGGACUCACACAGGUGAGAAGCCGUACAGGUGUUCGUGGGAAGGCUGUGAGUGGCGCUUUGCACGCAGCGAUGAGCUAACCCGGCACUUCAGGAAGCACACGGGUGCAAAGCCAUUUAAAUGCAGUCACUGUGACAGGUGUUUCUCUAGGUCAGACCACCUGGCCCUGCACAUGAAGAGGCACCUCUGAGCAGGUCGUGGCAAGUGCGGAUUUGCUCUCGUUGUAUCGUGACCAGCCUCCUGUUGCCCUGCCCUUGUCAGGGGGAGGAGUGUGUGUCCAGCCAAAGCAUGCCAUUUUGCACCGUACCCUGUGCCUCCGGGAUUUCUCCGGGGAGAAAGGCCUACUGAGCGGUUGUGGAAAAAAAAAAAAAAACACAAAAAAAAAUUAAAAAAAGACAAAAAUGCAAACGGAGAGGGAUGAAAUCAUGUCAACAAGAAGAAAAGUGACAAAUGAAGGACACAAAAAAAAAAAAAACCACAAACAAACAACAAAAAAAAAAAAUGAAUGAAUGAUGGUGUGUGUCAUAUGGUGCAUGUUGUUUUGGGACAGCUCCUGGACAACCAAUACACUGGUACUUAUUAAAAAGAAAAAAAAAGCCUGUCUGGGGGUGAACAUGAGCUGGCGGAGUGUGAGGAUAAGUGUAUAGUGCGUGAGAAGGAAGGGGGAGUACCAGUGUGUUGCAGCAGACUGAAUGGUGUGGGAGAAUUUUUUUUUUUCCCCCUCAAAAGCCUGCGAUGGGAGAGGGGAAGAAAAAGAAAAGGAAAAAAAAAAAAAGUGUCUGCUCAGUGUCAGUGUGGAAGCCGGGACUCACCCCAAUUUCCCCCAGGCUCUCUGUUCUCAAAGGGAUGAUGGGACUUUGGUUACAUCUAAAUGCACCCCUUCCCAUCCACCAAACCCACCCCCCUUCCUUGCUAACUCCCCCUUACUUCCCUCUUUCCUUCCCUUCCUCUUGCAGUUGGAGGCUCUUCAGAGUCCCUUCAUGAAUGAAAGUGGCUUUUUUUAUUUUUUUUAUUUUUUUUGGUGUUUGGUGCAGCUACUAAAUGUGCAAUGUGUUCGGUAGCUUGUUUGUUGACAGGCUACAUAAAAAGCUCUUUCGUUGUCCAUUGUAUAAGCUGUGUGCUUAGAGAUAAAACACAAAAAAACUAUAACUUCACUAUCAUAGACAGGUGUUGCAUGGUCUUAGGGUUUAUACUCUUUAUUUUGAAAUUUCCUUUUCCUGUUCUUUGUUAUCAGGACUGCUAAUAGAUUCCAAUAAAGUGCAGCUAAAUACGAAUGGUUAAAUGUUACAAUAUAUUGUACAUAAAUGGAUCGAUAAAUCUUCUCUUAAAAUCCUGUCACGGAUGGGCUUUUUUUAAUUUAAUUUUUUUUUUUUUUGUUGAGGAAAACCACUAUUGCUUAGCGUUUAUUUUCUUCCCACGUCUUCUUUCAUCUCCAACUCAUUCUCUCUUCCUUGCAUCUCCCUAUCAUGGUCUCGCUCUCUCUUUCUCUCUUUUUCUCUGUCGUUUCAACCCUUCAUUUUUACCUGUUAUUAAUGCACUGUUGACCUUAAUGGUGCCUUAUGCAAGUGACCUUGUCCUGUGGAAUAGAUUGGUCUUUGGGGGUCACACUUGUCUUGUAUGAGUGAAUCCAGCUUUAUUAAGGCUCCAUUUCCUAUGAAAAAAAAUGCACCUUUUCCUUGUUUGUUUGUUUGUUUGUUUGUUUGUUUGUUUGUCCCCCCCUAAAAAAAAAUCGCCCGCUCGCUCGCUCACGUGGAGAAACACGCUGUUUUUAAACCAAUCGAACGCAAGUAUGGACGUGGGAGUCGAAACACAUUGAAGCACUUACGGACUGUUUUACAACACUGUAUGUAAAUUAAUGCUUUUUAAAAAUGACACAUUGCAAGCAAAAACAAAAUCCUUGGUGAGUGCAGAAAUGCUGCUUCUUGUGCAAGAAGGUUUAAGGGGAAAAUUAAGGAAGAGAAAAAAAACAGCUGCUUUGCCAUCAUUGUUCGACACCGUGGUUCGGAAGCCUGGACUCGUCUCCCCUGCAACCAAGAUGUAGAGAGAGAGAGGGGGAAAAAAGUAAUGAUUUAUUGUAAUUAACAAGCUCUAGCAGGACAGGCCUUGCCUUGUAGCGCAUCGGUGUAAUGAAUUACUAAAGGCUUUGCUGGCACACAUUCUGCCACAGACUGCUGACUCCGACAGUUCGCUAUUGACCUGUCUGGACGGCGUUGUUUUAGCCUGGCAACAGUAUUACAGAAACAGAGAACGGGCAUCCAGAAAGAUCAAGACGAAUCGCUUCUUUUCAUCCCGUACAAUGUAAAUUUACUGACAUUGAAUUGAUGCCUAUUAGUUUAGCCCCCGUUGGCUCUCUCUGUCUCGAUCGGAUGUCCUGUAAGCAUUUUUUUGUCCUCCCUGUGAGAUCAAAAUCUCUACUAAGGAUUACAAUCGGUUACAAUCAGAACACGUGAAUAUCACGCAUGACGUGCAUUCCUGUAAUGUUCACACAGAGAAAGAAAAUCCAGACAAAGCUCAACAGACAGUAAUACUGUGUAUAUAUCAGGGACUUACUGGAAUCGAGCAGCAGAGGCACAUGAAUUUUAGAUCAGAUCACUGCAGGAGGAUCAGCAUGAAGUAGCUCCGCUAUAAAAUCCAAUCAGCGAGGCUUUAGCGGGUGCAGAAGAACAGUACAUCCUCUUUUUGGAAAGAAUGGCCAGCAGCAUUCAAGCGGUAAUCGAGCCUUAAUCAAGCCUCCCAUUUAUUUUUUUUUUGUUUUUAUUUUAAUUUUUUGCUUGUAACUAUAACCGACGCUUUCUAUCACACUUUUUUCCUCUCACACCUUCUCCUGUUGUCUAUUUCUUGAAUCUUUGUACAAAAUUUAAAAAAAGAUAAAAGUUAGAAAUGAGAUACAAAAAAGCAUUUUCUAAGAUUUUUAUUUGUUCCUUCUUUAUAUAAAUUUUAUUUGAAAUUGUUUUGCAAAAUUGUUCUAUUUCUGUAUGAAUGUAUUUUUUAUUGGAAUAAUAAGAAAUUCUUAUCAGACAUCA